UUACAAAACGUAUCCAAACAAUCAUGAUCUACUUUAAAAUAAUUAAAUUAUCGUUAAUUUUGUGUGUCAUAAAUGAAGUUAAUAGUUUUUGUGAAAAUAAAGAUGCCUUAAACGAUAUAACAGCUAGAUUAUACAAAUCGAAAAAAUCGGAAGGAUUCAGAUAUAUAGGAAGUUUCUACGAAAUGGACAAAUUCGAAAUAAUACACGUGGAAAAAUCGAACGUAACCGAUUUAUGCGAAGGUAUGAUCAAAAAUUUCCCAAAACUCGAGAUAUUAAGUUUAAUAAACGCUAAUAUAUCGAAAAUUCAAGCGAACGUUUUCCAAAAAGUUUCAAAUUUGACCGAAUUAUCACUGGCGGUUAAUAAGAUAUCAGAAAUCGUCGAUGGGAGUUUCAACAAUCUGGAAGCUUUACAAUAUUUAUAUCUCUCUGGAAACAGGAUAAACUCGAUAGGAUCCAGAGCGUUUAACGGUUUACCGAAUCUGAAGAAAUUAUAUUUAGAUAGAAAUAAACUGAAACAACUAGAUCAAAAUUUGUUAAUCGAGAAUGUUCUAUUGAAAUUAGUUGAUUUGAGAUAUAACGAAUUCGAAUUAAUAGCGACAACUACGUUUUCUCGAUUACAACUUUCGCAUUCGGAACCGAUUACGAUUUAUUUGGGACAUAAUGAAAUAAUAGACGUCGAUCCUACUACAUUCGCUUUCAAAAAUCCGAUAAAUUUGCAUCUGGAAUCGAAUAAAUUGAACACAAUCAGCGAUCUAUUUCACGGUAUCAACGAAUACAGCGUUUUGUAUUUAAAUUCGAAUAAAUUUAUAUGUUUGCCUGACGAUGUUAUCGAGAACGUUAAGAUGUCUACGAAAAUCGUUUAUCUGCUGGAUAAUCCAAUUUCUUGCCAAUGUUUGCGAAUCCUCGACGGUUCUUAUAUCCAAGAAGACGGUGGAAGUGUUAAAUUAAUUUAUGAUCAUAACUGUACAUACGAACGUAUCGUUAUUUGAAGUUGAUUUGUAGUUGUUAAACUAUAUUUUUGAAUUUCAAUGUAUUGUAGUUAAUUUUAUGAAUUACAGUUUAUGUUUUCUUACGUAAACUAUUUACCAACACUAUGGAACGUAAACUUAAACAUAAUCACUUGCUUCACCUGUUUUUUACAAAAUUUUCCCGCGUAAAUUAAUUCCUGAUAGAGUUCAAUCCUUUCUAUACAAAAGGGUUGGAAGGAUUAUUUAACAGAGUGUGUUUUAAAUUGGUUUAUAAAUCGAAAAAUACAUUAAAACAAUUGUUGAAAAAACCAAAUUUGGUGACUGUUAUGGAAAGUAUAUUGGAUAGACUAAGAGAUCCGUUAUUGUCCGGGAUAAAGAGCACAAAGAAAGGAUUCCAAUAGAAGUUAUAAGGUGGUGAAUCGUUAAGGAAGCGAAUAUAUAAUUUGGUAGGGUAUCAAGGAGGGUUUUAGAAAGGAAAAGUCAAUUUUCAUACUAAAGAAAAUAUUACAUUUGGUAAAAAUGACACUAAAUAACAUCGAGAAUGAAGUAGCUGUCGAAGGAAGCCUCAGACGAAGAUAGUUUGUUGAAAAGAUCCUUGUUAACGGGAGAAGGAACGGAAAAAUUGAUAGAAGCAUGUAGAGAAGAUUUAAAAGAAAUAAGAAUAAAUAGUUUAAGGAAAGCUGUAGAACGACUCCAAGACUUCAGGCCUGUUGAGUUGUUUAUAUAUAGAAAUAGAGCACAUAGCUCAUAAUCAUGAUAUAAAUAUUAAUAAUGUAAAAUUUGUUUUAAAAUGUAUCGAAUCAAUUGUUGGAUGCAUUUGAAAGCAUAGAAAUUGCUAGAUGUAAAGGGGAAUGUAAUAGGGACAAAGGGUCAAUUCCUCACAGCCCACUUUAUAGUUUAGUAGCCAAAGAAUAAAUGUGAAGAUUCCCGCUGGAAUUAAUUUUAGGUUAAUUGGUGAGAAAAUUUAGUAUAAAACAGGUGAAGCAAGUGACUAUGUUUUAGUUUACUUUCAGUCUCUGAAGACGAUAACUUGGUUAUCGAAACGCGCGUCAAACAGUGUAAUUGUGAGUAUCGGUGUAGUUUAUACAGGAUGUGUCGUUUGACAGUAGUCAAUACCAACUUUCUCAUUUUAAAUGCAACCCAUUGUUUAUUAUAACUUAUAUAAUCAUGAAUAUACAUUUCUUCAAUUUCUUAUUUCUUUUGAUUUGUU